AUGAAAGUACCCUCGCCUGUUUCUCCUCCCUCACCCUCUUCUUUCUCGUCCCCCAACCCCAUCUUUCCCUCCCCGCACCCCCUUCUUCCUCCACCCCUCCUCGCUUCCCCCCAUUCUCCCAUACCUUUCCCCUUCCUCAUACAGCCAAGCUGCGCUACUUCCGGUACUGCAGCUGUUGCCACGUCAGCACUCCCCGUCCCACUGCAAGCCAAGCGCCUCUGGCUGGCUCCUUGCGCGGAUGCCCUCAGCGCCCCGCGUGCCGCUUCCCCGCGCCCAUCCCUCUCAGCGGAAGCACUGGCGGGCCGCACUCGUGUGCGCGCGGAAGCGCAAGCAGGCGCGGGAGCGGCGGAAGUCCCCCCACCGGAGACCAAGCUAUACGACUACGUGGUUAUUGGGAGCGGCAUUGCCGGCCUCCGAUUCGCGCUAGGCGUCGCGGCGAAGGGCACUGUAGCGGUGGUGACGAAAGCCGAGCCGCAGGAGGGCAGCACGAACUACGCGCAGGGCGGCGUGAGCGCGGUCCUCGAUCCGCUAGAUUCGAUCGAGAAUCAUAUCUCGGAUACGAUCGUGGCGGGCGCGUAUUUAAAUGACGUGGAAGUCGUGGAGGUGGUUUGCCGCGAGGGCCCGGAGCGCGUUCGCGAGCUGAUGCGCAUGGGCGCAAGCUUCGACCGCGGGGAUGACGGGCGGCUGCUGCUUGCGCGCGAGGGGGGGCACUCGCACUCGCGGAUCGUUCACGCGGCGGACGUGACCGGGCGGGAGAUUCAGCGCGCGCUGCUGACGGCCGCGCAGAAGACGAAGCGGAUCGACAUGUUUGAACACCACAUGGCGAUCGACCUUCUCACGCGACAGGAGGACGGCGGGCAGAGCACGUGCUACGGCGUGGAGGCGCUGGACACGGAGACGGGGCAGAUCAUCCGCUUUAUAGCGGGAUCCACACUGCUCGCUACAGGGGGAGCAGGCCACGUGUACCCCAACACCACCAACCCCACGGUGGCAACUGGGGACGGUGUAGCUCUGGCUUUGCGUGCAGGCGCUGUCAUCUCAAACAUGGAGUUCAUCCAGUUUCACCCAACAGCCUUGGCAGACGCGGGUCUGCCCAUCCACCCGCCCGGCCCGCGCCCCAACUCCUUCCUCAUUUCCGAGGCCGCGAGGGGAGCAGGCGGGCUGCUGUACAACCAAGCCGGCGAGUGCUUCAUGCUGCACUACGACCCGCAGGCAGAGCUCACUCCCCAGGACGUGUUCCAUCCAACAGCCCUUGCGGACGCAGGCCUGCCCAUCCAACCCCCAGGGCCGCGCCCCAACUCCUUCCUCAUUUCCGAAGCUGUUCGAGGGGCAGGCGGGCUGCUGUACAACCAAGCGGGAGAGCGCUUCAUGCUUCACUAUGACCCGCGGGCAGAGCUCGCCCCUCGCGACGUGGUCGCCCGGUCCAUUGACGACCAGCUGAAGCGGCGCGGCGAUCUGUUCGUCUAUCUCGACAUCAGCCACAAACCGACGGACGAGAUCCUCCGGCACUUCCCGAACAUCGCAGCAGAAUGCAAGCGGUGGGGGGUGGAUAUUACCAAGGACCCGAUCCCAGUUGUCCCCGCCGCGCAUUACAUGUGCGGGGGGGUCCAAACGGGGUUGUUUGGGGAGACUUCGAUCCGGGGGUUGUGGGCGGCGGGGGAGGUGGCAUGCACGGGUCUCCAUGGGGCGAAUCGUCUGGCAUCGAAUUCGCUGCUGGAAGCGCUGGUGUUUGCGCAGAGAGCAGUCGAGCCGGCAAUUGAACAUGCGGUGGCUGCUGCGCCGCUGAAUCAUGUGCUUGCGGGGUUGCCUGAUGGGAGGGAUAUGGAUGGAACGAUGUGGGGGGGGGAGGAGUGGGAGGGCGAGGUGGAAGGGGAGGGGGAGGAGGUGAAGGUGGUGGGGUUGAGCAAGGGGGAUUCAGGAGCGGUUGCUGCUGCUGGAGUGACUGCCAAGUACAGGGAGCAACUUAAGGCUAUUAUGUGGCGCUACGUCGGCAUUGUCCGAUCCACCGACCGUCUCCGAAUAGCCCAGAGGGAAAUCGACAUGCUGGCGUCCUCCUGGCGAGCUGACCUGGAGACCAAUGUGCUGCUGCCACGUGGCGCCGUCUCAAUGGAGACGUGCGAGAUGGAGAAUCUGAUCAAUGUCGCGUCUCUGGUCGUACGUAGCGCACUGAGGAGGAGAGAGAGCCGUGGAUUGCAUUUCACCACGGAUUUUCCGGGGCAGUCAGAAUCGGCGAGUCUGCAUACAGUGUUGGUGGCGGGGUGUUUAGAUGAAGAGGAGGAUGAGUGGGAGGAGGGUGGAAGGGAGAGAGAGAGUGAUAGUGAUGGUGCGGGUGAAUUAGAGGCGAGGUUCGGGGCCACGGAGAGGCUCGGGUGGACCACGUGGUGGAGGCAAUCUGGGCCUGUGGUUCGGCAGACAGGUUCGGGUGCGGGGCAGGCUCGGCCAGUGCAAAGGAGAGCUGGUGGUGCAAGGAGACAGGGAGGUCCGCUGCGUCCGCAAGCGAAGCCGACUCUAAAAAGGAAGCCAGAACGUUUGGAGAGCCAGCCUCCGCCUCAAUGA